AGUAGUACAACCCUUUCUAAUAAUUAUCAAAUAAAUUUUAAUAUCCAUUUUCUGUAAGUAUCUGAAAUCCCCUGAGUCUCUUAUAUAAACAUUCAAACUCCAAAAUUGAUCUUAUAAAAAAACAGCCUUCUCUGGACAAAUUAUCAAAAUAGAACAUGAUGUCUUCAUACUCUGUCACAAAACCCUUCGUUUCAGUCUAUGUAUUAGCCAUGGUGGCCUUGCAAUUCCCGCACAGUGUUCUGUCCCUAAACCAUACCAAUGCGUAUCUAAACCACAUAUGCAUCAAGGGUGAAGGAACAGUCAAGGGGAAUUCAUACGAAGAAGCUGUUAAAGGUGUCAUCGAUCAUAUGUCCACCUAUCUAGGCUAUGGAUUCGUCAACGGUGCGGGUAGUGAUGGUCCAACGAAAAUAUAUGCCAAGAUCCAGUGCCGGCCCGAUGCUUCUGAAUCCAUAUGCCGUUCUUGCAUCACUACCGCAUUACCUGAGAUCCGUAGGAAAUGUCCGAACAACAAAGGGAGAAUAAUAUGGUACGACAACUGUCUUCUUGACAUUUCUUCGAUCUAUACCUUAGGGAAAAUCGAUUAUCGGUACAUUUUCUACAUGUACAACUCAAAGGAUGUGAGCAGCAAUAAAAUGGCGUUCAACAAGAACACGAAGGCUCUUCUUUAUGAGCUGAAGGAGAAAGCAACUAGUAAGAAAGAAAUACCGUACAGGAGAGACUACCUGUAUGCGGCGGGUGAGGAAAGUCUCGGAACAACAAAAGUGUAUGCAAUGGUACAAUGUACAAAGGACUUAUCAGCAAAAAAUUGUAGUGUAUGUUUGGAUUGGAUUAUGGCGAAGCUUCCCAAAUGCUGCAAUGGUAAACAAGGAGGAAGAGUUUUGAGUCCGAGCUGUAAUUUUAGAUACGAGCUUUACCCUUUUGUAAAAACUUGAGACUUUUUAUGAGAUCAACAUAUUUAUGUAUAUUUACUGUUUUGG